CUCACAUCUCAUAUCUUCCGCUCUCACAUCCUCCUCACCUCUUCAUCACCACCACUCGACGAUCGACGACUAUUUCCAAGUGCGACCACCACAUCCCCCACCGCCUCCCAUUGCCUCAUCCACCAUCGCCCUAUUCACCAUCCACUCGAAAUGGCAGACCCAGACAUAGCGCGUCGCAUCCCUUCCCCCACCUCCACUCUUCCCCUCCCUCGUGCCCUCCGGCACAGCAAGUCGUUCACUCAACUCGCACGCUUCAUUGGCUUUUCCUCCUACGACCCCGAUGAUCGACCUCUCACCGACUCUGGCAGCGACGCCGGCGAUGAGCCCGAGGACUGCCAAGCCUCACCCAUCGAUGACGAUCAAGAGGUUGACGACGAGUCCCUUAUGUGGGACGCUCAGACUGCCCUCAUUGCACAUCAGCCAGCUCUGGCCGCAAAGUACUAUGCUACUGCGGCGCUCCCUCCGUACUCAUCGCCGGCUGCUUGUCUCGCACUUGGAAAUCUAUUAGCCCGCGGCUCCGGACUGGCCAAGGCCGAAGAUUCCCCGCAGAGCUCCAUCGCCAAGCCUCCGACCGACACCUCCCGCUCUUGGUUUGCGUCAUUCUUCCGGGCUGUACCAGCACCAGCACCUGCAUCUGCACUUGCUCCUGCUCCUGCUCCUGCUCCUGCUCCUGCUCAUGCUCAUGCUCCUGCUCCUGCGUCUGCAUCUGCAUCUGCAUCGGCGCCCGUCGAGUCUCCUCAAGAUGUAUUCCCUACUUCACGAACUUCUCGCCUGUCUUCGAAUGGUUGGGAGUUGCCCAAGGACGGGAAGCGUGUCGUGCGCAAUGUUGAGGCCAUGGGCAAGGCUGCUGGCUGGCUCGUCCUUGGCGUUGGACUCAUCCUCGAAUCCGAAGCUGGCCGGAUCUUCAAGGCUGUUGAGCGCCCGCGCAAGAACAGUGAGGAAGAUGGCGCUGUUGUCUUCGACUCGAAGGGCAAGGGUCGUGCCCGCUCGCACAAUAACCUCGGUGAGGCCACCAGCCAUGGUUCUGUUGGUUCGAUGCCUUCAGGCUUCAGUUACGCGCCAUUGAAUGAAAAUGACAGAACGACAGCUGUAAAACGAGUCAAGCUAUUGUAUGAUCUACUCACCCCGCUCGUUCAGAUGUACCGUCACGGUCACAUUCAGCGGCACGACCCCGUCGCUCUUCCCCCUAUCUCCCAUUCGCAGCUCCCCCGCGCCCUCAAUCCCAAGGGAGAUAAGGAAAGAGGACGUAACGCGUGGCACCUAGGCUCCGCAGUUGCGAGUAUGCUUCUCGACCUGCCACUGUUGUUGUCGACACCGAGCCUGGGAAAGGAAGCAAAUGCUCGUCGACAGGGUGUCCUUAUCAUGGCCAACUACAUUCGUGGUGUCACCUCUUCUGCUGAAGUCUCCGAAGUGUGCUUCAAAAAUGUCAUCCGCAUUGGGCCAUGUGGCUUAGACCUUCCUGACGACCUUAUACGUCAAGCCUUCCGCCGCCUCAAGAGCAUACUGAAGACAACUGGCGGCUCACCUCUGUCCUCGAGCGACGCCGACUCGUUCCCAUUCCCGCCCACACCUGGCGAACCUCGACGCCGGGAGUCAAAUGCCUCCUGGGUGUCGGCAGUUGACAGCAACAUGACAGCGUCUCUACGCCUUAUGUCCCCCGUCAAGUCUAGUGCCUCUCUGGCGUCCUUAGCCUUUGACAGCCCUGUUAUGGAGACAAACCAUAGUGCCUUCCGGCAGGGCGCGCUGAGUUCGCUUCGUAACAUCCAGCAGUCACAGCAUCGCGCCCAGCGCGCUCAAGAGCCGCCGCCUUCGACCCCCAAGCAGCCGUGGUGGCCCCCUCUCGAGAGGUGGUCCAUGGCCGCUUCUCGCCAGGUCGUGCCCCGGACGCCCAGUAAUGAGUCCGAGCAGUGCCCGACGCGUCCUCGCGAGUUUGAGUCGGUCAAGACCGAGGUCAAGAAGCCGCAGCUGCGAAUCAUUGCGUCUUCGCCGCAGCUCUACCAUCAAAGUCCAAUGUCGCCGACCUCUCGCCGCCGGCUACCCUUUGAGCCCAAGGAAGCAGUUGCCUCCAUCGACCCCGAGCUGGCAGCCCUGGAACUUGCCAGCGCGCUCACAAAGCACGUGCAGUGCAGCGUCUGCGGUGCGGACGGUGUCAACUUUCCCAACUGUCGCAAAUGUGGCCUCACCUUCUGCUCCCGCCCCUGCCGCAUAAAUGAAACAGGUGCAGGCAAUGGCAAGCGUCACGUUUGUGGUGCUUGGGAGUCCCGCAAACUCUUAGCUCCCCCGGGCCAGGUCAGUUAUACUCCUCAGCCUCCCGUCUCCGCGUGAAACAAGCACCAUUCGGCGAUCGGAAGCGUUAAUCUUUGUAAACCCUCUUCCCUUCGAUCAAUACCAUAGACUGUUGUACUUGUCGUGACAUUCUUUACAUCCACAUCGUCUCAUUUCAUGCAUACCUGUAACCUG